GAGCUGAAGCUGGUGAAUGAGAUUAAGGAUAAUAAUAAGAUGACCUUCCUACUCAUUUUAAUUCCUCUUUCCUUUUCCUCUUUUUCUAUGAAAGCAGUUUAGUAACUCAAACCUUAUGUGAUACUUUAAUAAAACGUACAGCUUAGACAGAUACAAUUGUGAGAAGGCCAACACAUACAGGAGAACCAUUUUGUAGAAAUCUCCUAAAUAAGCUGAUCUUUUAUUUCAUGUAUGCGUGAAUCUCGAGGGCUAUUUUGCAUUAAUCUAAUUGGAGGGAAUGUAAAUCUGGUUGUCUCUGCCACUCUUCAUAGACAGGACGUGACAGCAUUGAAAGAACUACAGACGGAACAUGGCUGGAAAAAGACCUUAGAAAUGAUUCUUUCAGCACAAGAUGACAGGUCAGCCCUCACCUCCAGUGGUAGUGCUGCGGUGCCAGAGACCUCCAUCAGGACUCUGUGAUCAGUCUGUGCUGUUGUGUCACGAGGAACAACUGGUGAGACUGCAGAACCAUCAAAGUAAGGCAGUGCUAGGGUGAGUGCCAGUGCAGGAGUUGAGGUGACUGUCUGCAGCACCCAGGGAAAAGGAGCUGUACAUAGAACAGCCUCUGGUGGAGAUGGCCAACAGCACUGGCAAGGCUGGAGGGCCCCAACAGAAAACCAAGCUCUUAGUCUUCUUGGCUGCAGCAGUUGUGUCUGCUGCUGAGGCUCUGGAGGGCACGUGUUGUCCCUGUGACACUGGGGCCUCCUGGCCUCCGUGCAGCCCUGUAGGGAGGCCAGUAGGUGUAGUACCAUUCUCCCUCACAGAACACUCCACACUCACAUCCCACUGUCUGUGGGAGAGCCUUGGGCCAUCUGUGAGGGACAGCACCACCUUUCCCAGAGGCUGCAGCUAUGGCUUAGCCCUUCUCUUUCAUCAGACAAAACAAAGGCUUUCCUUAACUUCACAGCACCUGCACAGGGCCUUUGCCUGCCUUUAAUCAUAGCCUCUAGUUAUCUGCUCUAACACAGCUAUGGGGAGGCUUUGUUGGUAAUGGCCCCACAGGGACCAAUAAAAGCUCUAGCACUUUCCAAUAUUUCUGGACAGCAUUUUGACUGCACCUUCAUCAUUUGGUUACAGCAGUCUUCUCUCAGUCCCUGAAGUUCAUGCACACCACAUACGCUGUGGGGCUCAUUAACAAUGCAGAAAGACCUAACGAGCCGUUUCCCUCAAGUCUUCAAGACCUGAACUGCUCACUAGGGAGGUCUCAGUGUUGUAGAGGUAGGUUUCAAGGAUCACUGUCCAAAAACGGAGAUGUCAUAUUUAAGGGUAUUUUUUAUUACAGCAGACACCAAGAUGUCGCUGAGUGCUGCACAACCUGUGUGACACAGAUGGCAACUCUGUCAGGGAGAGGGAGGUACACUGAGAUAGCAUUGUGAGGAUCCAGGAGGGAAAUGUAGUCAGUGAGAGCUGAUAAAAGGAUACUAACUGCAACAAAGAUGGGAAUUAAUGCCAAUGGAGGAGAAAGAAACCUAUGCAAGAGGAAGGACGCAGAGAGCCUGUUGCUUGUGGCCAGUUGUGCGGUCAGUGCUGGUGCGGCUGGGUGUGUGGGAGGCAUGGGAGGGAGCUGAGUCCCCUCCAGGACCCAGGACUACAACCUCAGGAUAAGAUGCUUCAACGGAUUCUGCUGAAUCCCGUCCCCAUGGAAGUGUAAAGGACUGUCAUACAGAGCCAGGUUCCCUGCAUCCCAGGGCUGUGUGCUGGGGCAGGGACUCAGCCGCCAGCCAGGCUCUGUACUCAGCCUGCCUGGGGAGCUGCCCAGGUAGCUGUAGGGAGAUGUGUGGGGGGAAGGAGACCCCAGCAGCACAGGGGCGUUUUGCUCCUCAGGUUGAUGCAUGGGGCUGGGGGUUCAAAGCUGCACUGCAUGCUGAUGGCCUUUGCAUAGGCAAAGAGCACCAAAAAUAGGAGUUUCUGCCCCAUAGUCAACAGGGUGGUCCUGGCUGCCUUCUUGAGUCUGCCCACUGCACUACAUCAGUUGUGGAUGGGAAUUCUCUAACGGUGAUGUUGGUGUUGUUUUAUGCACAGAAAAUGCCUCAAAGAAAUAUCCUGAACAAUCACACCACUGGACCUGGAUUUCUUCUGGGGUUUUCUGAUCCCCCUGGGAUGCAAGGUGUGUGCUUCACCAUCUUGCUGCUCAUUUAUGCUUCAGUUAUCAUUGGGAACAGCCUGAUUGUGCUGGUUACAGUGCUGGACUUGAGCCUUCACAGCCCUAUGUAUUUCUUCCUGAGAAACUUGUCUUUCUUGGAGAUCUGCUACACAUCAGCCACUCUCCCCAAAAUGCUGGUGUGUUUCCUGACGGGAGAUGUCUGGAUCUCCUUCCUUGGCUGUGCUGCCCAGCUUUAUUUCUUGUUUUUUCUGGGAAGCACUGAGUGCCUAUUGCUGGCCGCCAUGGCCUACGACCGCUAUGUGGCCAUAUGUGACCCCCUGCGCUACAGCCUGGUGAUGAAUGGUUGGUUCUGUGUCAGACUGGUGGUCGGCUCAUGGAUGGUUGUCAUACCAAUGCAAGUGGGCCAGACCUACCAAGUGUUCACCUUGCCCUUCUGUGCAUCCCAUCGCCUCCAUCAUUUUUUCUGCGAUGUUCCCCCUCUGUUGGAACUGGCCUGUGCAGAUACUUUCUGGAGCCGUGUGACCCUGAACACUAUCAUCCUGCUUUUUGCCAUCUUUCCUUUUUUCAUGAUCGUUGUUUCCUACGUUAGAAUUAUUGGGACGGUUCUGAAGAUGCAUUCUGCUCCAGGUAGACACAAAGCCUUUUCUACCUGCUCCUCUCACCUGAUAGUGCUGACUCUCUUUUAUGGCUCAGCCAUGGUUGUGUACUGCAAACACCACUCAAUCGACUCUGCAGACACUGACAAAUACCUUGCCCUGUUUUACACAAUUCUGACCCCCAUGUUUAACCCUGUCAUCUAUGGUAUGAGGAAUAGGGAAUUGAGGAUUGCCCUGAGAAAACUCCUAUGGCGAAAGUGAUAGUGCAGAGUGGGUGAAAUAUCCCCCAGUAGUUCCAAUCAGCAUUUGGCAGUUUGUGUGUUGGCAUCUGGUAUUGGCUCGGACACCUCCAGUUUUGCUGCACUGUCCCACAACCCACUGCAUCUUCCAGAAGGAUUCAAAGUUUAUGUAGUAUGGAGAAGGAUGUGUAGGGAUUCACUGUCACAUCAUCAUAGGGCAGGAAAUGAGGGAUCCCUGCUCCCCAGUUUUUUGAGGUUUCUACGUCAAUUUUGUCUUAGUUACCAUUUAAUACUGCGUAUUAUCCUUCCUAUGAUUGCUCUGUGCCUCAUUAAUGGUAUUCCAGUCAGAAUUCUGCAGGUUAAAGAAGAAGGAAUUCUCACAGUACCACAGUUGGAUACAGCACACAACAAUCCAACACCACACAUUAUCCUACCUGCUCUGAGUGACUGCUAUGACAAAUGGAGGCCAAAGGCAUGGACUCAAUGGACACCACUGCCAAUUUAGAGGGAUGGGGCUCAGAUUGUGGGUAUGAUAUCUGUGUGUGUAUAUUAAAAACCAACAGGAAAGAUGAUGGCAGUUAUUUGGAAUGUAUGGAAAAGUCUGUAAGUGAUAUGAAAUGAGGGGUGGGUACCAUCCUGGGCUAAUCUGGGACACUCUGUCCUCAGGAGAAAAGCAGUGCUGGAACUCCUUGAUGUUUUUGCUGCUGAUCAACGCCAUUUCAUUUCCUCAGCUUUGUGUGCUGUCCUUUCAGCCAUGGGGGCUGAUGGAUUUGGGAUGGGACAGCGCCAGGAGUUGAGCUCAAUAACCCAAAGGGAUAUUUCACACCAUAUGACAUCAUGUGGGAAAAAAUCUUAUUUUGUUUUGUCAUGGUUUGGUGGUGUUACUGUCAAUAUUCCACAUUAUAACAUCAUGUGCAGUAUGGAUUAUUGGAAGGUUCAUGCUCCAGUUCCAUGGAAUGGCAGUGUCCUGAGUGCUCAGCUCUCAGAGGAGAACUACAUAUCCCAGAGGACGUCGUGGCCAGAGAUAAAUCGCAGUAGUUGGACAUAGAUACAAUCUCGCUCACAGGCUGGAGUUCUCUCUCUCUGUUGGACUCUCAGGGAGUGGGAAACGUUCCAGCCAUUUCGCCUAGAGUUCACAGUAGGCCUCUCAGUUUUUGGAGACUAUCUCUGUUUUGUUCGAUUUAUUAGCCUCAAUCAUAUUGCAUUGUGUUAUCUUGUAUUCCGAUAUCAUAUGUAGUAAAAUAAGUUUUCCUCCUUAGAUUGCUGCCACUGUUCUUUUUCCCAUUCCCCUUUCCCUUCUUUUCUGGGCCGGGGGCCCUAUGCGGUGGCUGCCCCCUGUCACAGGUAAACCUAGGUAACCCAUGACAUGUUUAUACAUCAAUAUGCAAAUAUUGUUAUCAGAAUUUUAUUAUUUCCCCACCUGUUUCCCUAUUAUUUUUUCUACCUUAGUAAAUUGUUUUCAACUCAUGCCACAAA